AUGGCUUCUACUCUGUUUUACAACUCAAUGAACCUCUCAGCAGCAGUUUUCUCAAGAACCCACUUCCCAAUCCCCAUCAACAAGGACUUCCCACUUGAAUUUUCACCUUGUAUUCACACUGACUACCAUUUGAGAAGCAGAACAAGAAGUGGGCAGAAGAAGUGUUUGACAGAGGUGAGAGCUACUGUGGCCUCACCCACAGAGGUCCCCAGUGCACCCGCAUCGACUCAACCAAAGAAGCUUCGAAUUCUGGUUGCUGGGGGAGGAAUUGGAGGACUGGUUUUUGCUUUGGCAGCAAAGAAGAAGGGGUUUGAUGUGGUGGUGUUUGAGAAGGAUUUGAGUGCUGUAAGAGGAGAAGGACAGUAUAGAGGUCCUAUUCAGAUACAGAGUAAUGCAUUGGCUGCUUUGGAAGCCAUUGAUAUGGAUGUUGCUGAGGAGGUUAUGAGAGUUGGUUGUGUUACUGGUGACAGGAUCAAUGGCCUGGUUGAUGGGGUUUCUGGUACUUGGUAUGUCAAGUUUGACACAUUCACUCCUGCAGUGGAACGAGGGCUUCCAGUUACAAGAGUUAUAAGCCGAAUAGCCUUGCAACAAAUCCUUGCUCGUGCUGUUGGAGAAGAAAUUAUUAUAAACGAUAGUAAUGUUGUUAAUUUUGAGGAUCUUGGAGAUAAGGUGAAUGUGAUACUUGAGAAUGGACAGCGUUAUGAAGGUGAUAUGCUGGUUGGAGCGGAUGGUAUAUGGUCAAAGGUGAGGAAGAACUUGUUUGGAUUGAACGAAGCUGUUUACUCUGGUUAUACUUGUUAUACUGGUAUAGCAGAUUUUGUGCCUGCUGACAUUAAUUCCGUAGGGUACCGAGUAUUUUUGGGGCACAAACAAUACUUCGUUUCUUCAGAUGUGGGCAGAGGCAAAAUGCAAUGGUAUGCAUUUCACAAGGAAUCACCUGGUGGUGUUGAUAGCCCUAACGGUAAAAAGGAAAGGCUGCUUAAAAUAUUUGAGGGCUGGUGUGAUAAUGUGAUUGAUUUGUUACUUGCCACAGAGGAAGAUGCAAUUCUGCGACGUGACAUAUAUGAUAGGACACCCAUUUUAACUUGGGGAAAGGGUCAUGUGACCUUGCUUGGGGAUUCUGUUCAUGCUAUGCAGCCAAAUAUGGGUCAAGGUGGAUGCAUGGCCAUUGAGGAUGGUUAUCAACUUGCAUUGGAGCUUGAUAAAGCAUGGAAGAAAAGUAGUGAAACGGGAACUCCUGUUGAUGUUGCUUCUUCUUUAAGAAGCUAUGAGAAUUCUAGAAGACUGCGGGUUGCCAUUAUUCAUGGAAUGGCCAGGAUGGCUGCAUUAAUGGCUUCAACUUACAAGGCUUAUCUGGGUGUGGGACUCGGUCCUUUGUCGUUUUUGACGAAGUUCCGGAUACCGCAUCCAGGAAGAGUUGGUGGGAGAGUUUUCAUUGAUAAGGCAAUGCCGUUGAUGCUAAGUUGGGUCUUAGGUGGUAACAGCUCAAAACUUGAAGGAAGGUCACCCAGUUGCAGGCUCUCAGAUAAAGCAAGUGACCAGUUACGAACAUGGUUUGAGGAUGAUGAUGCACUGGAGCGUGCUAUCGAUGGAGAGUGGUAUCUUAUACCAUGUGGACAAGACAAUGAUGCUUCGCAACUUAUUUGUUUGAACAGAGAUGAGAAAAACCCCUGCAUAAUCGGGAGUGCACCACAUGGGGAUGUUUCAGGAAUAUCAAUAGCAAUACCGAAGCCCCAGGUUUCGGGGAUGCAUGCUCGUAUCAGCUACAAGGAUGGUGCCUUCUACCUGACUGAUUUGCGGAGCGAACAUGGUACCUGGAUUGCCGAUAUUGAGGGGAAGCGAUACCGGGUACCUCCAAAUUUUCCUGCUCGUUUUCGUCCAUCAGAUGCUAUUGAGAUUGGUUCUCAGAAGGUCGCAUUUAGGGUUAAAGUGAUGAAAUCUUCUCCAGGGAGUGUUGAGAAGGAAGGUAUUCUUCAGGCAGCCUGA